AUGACGGUGACAUCUUCCUAUGCUAGCAUCAGUGGUCCGCACCUUUCCAUACCAGAAUAUCUGCCAUUCCUAGCAACAACAAAAAUUAUUGAAGAAGCAGAAGACUUGGAAGGAUUUGCUGAUUUGAAGAAAGAAGACAAAGAUCUGGUAAACAAUAUCAUUAAAGAUUUUUUUGACAAUCCCCAGAAUAAAAGGAAAAAGUCAGUGUCUCAAGAUGCCAGUAAAUCAUCAAAGAAGGAGGAAAGAAAAAGUGCUACUGAAGUUAAAGAUGUAGCGAAAUCAUCGUCCGAUUCUGCCCAUGGUUCAAAGCUCGCAAGCAAUGAUGAUGAUGAUGAUGAUGAUGAUUCAAAAGAUCCAAAAGAAAGAAAGAAAAGUUCUGCCAGUAAAGAUGAUAUGUUCAGAUGUUUCCGUCAGUUGUGUGCUAAAAUAGCUGAUGAAAAUAGUUAUUUGGGUAAAACCCAACUAGUUGCUGAUUUGUUGACUAAAGGAACAUCAGGAGAUGGAUUUAGUGGAGAUACCUAUCUAUGGUUAAAGCUGCUUCUGCCUGGAGUUGUAAAAGUGGUUUAUAAUUUAAACAGUAAACAGUUAGUGAAACUGUUCAGUCAGAUUUUUAAUACAAGUCUUGAAGAAAUGGUAAAUGAUUUGGAACAGGGUGAUGUUGCCGAAACUGUUCGAAUAUUUUUCGAAACAAACAAGAAGUUGUUACCUCAAAAGAAGAGUACGAUUACAUUACAAGAAAUUGAUUCCCUCCUCACUGAUUUAUCAAAAUUAACAAAAGAAGAUGAUCAGCUUCGAUGUCUCUCUAAGAUUGCAAAAAAGUGUACUGGUAAUGAUCUGAAAAUGGUUAUACGCCUCAUUAAACAUGAUCUGAGAAUUAACUCAGGUGCCAAACAUAUUCUUGAUGGUCUUGAUCCAAAUGCAUAUGCAGCAUUUCAAGCUUCCCGAAAUUUACGAGAUGUUGUUGACAGAGUAAUUGCUAAUCGGGACAGUGGUGAAAAACCUGGCAUGGGUAGCAAAUCACUUUCUGUUCGGGCGUCUCUUAUGACACCAGUUUUACCAAUGUUGGCUGAACCUUGUCGGUCAGUGGAGAUGGCCAUGAGAAAAUGUCCAAGUGGAUUUUAUGCAGAAAUAAAGUACGAUGGAGAGAGAGUGCAGGUGCAUAAAAAUGGAAAUGAAUUUCGAUAUUUCAGUCGAUCUUUAAAGCCUGUACAGCCACAUAAGGUGUCACACUUUAAAGACUACAUUCCAAAAGCCUUUCCUGGUGGCAAUGAUUUGAUCCUUGAUGCAGAAGUACUUCUCAUUGAUAAUGCUUCAAGUAAACCACUUCCAUUUGGAUCCCUUGGCGUGCAUAAAAAAGCGGCCUUUAAGGAUGCCAAUGUUUGUUUAUUUAUCUUUGACUGUUUACACAUUAAUGGAAAGAACCUUAUGGAACUGAGUAUUCAGAAAAGGAGAAAAGUUCUGCAUGAAAAUAUGACAGAAAUCAAAAAUCAUGUCAUGUUUUCUGAAAUGCAACACAUCACAAAAAAGGAAGAUCUUCAAGUUCUGAUGACCAAAGUUUUCCGAGAAGGCUUGGAAGGCCUUGUUCUUAAAGAUAUUAGUAGUAUUUAUGAGCCUGGAAAACGUCAUUGGUUGAAAGUAAAAAAAGAUUAUCUUGAACAAGGCAGCAUGGCAGACACAGCUGACUUGGUUGUUUUAGGAGCUUAUCAUGGAACAGGCAACAAAGGUGGUUUAAUGUCUGUGUUUUUGACGGGUGUUUAUGAUCCUAUGACCAAAAAAUGGUGUACAGUGAGCAAAGUAGGUAAUGGUUUUGAUGACAAAACUCUGGACCGUUUACAGACUGAACUUGAUAUGGUCAAAAUCAACAAAGACAUGAGUAAAGUACCUUCUUGGCUCAAUAUCAAGAAACAUGUUGUACCAGAUUUUAUUGUGGCUGAUCCACUAAAGGCUCCUGUAUGGGAAAUCACAGGAGCAGAAUUUAGUAAAGCAGAAAUUCACACGGCUGAUGGUAUUUCUAUACGGUUUCCACGUCUCACAAAAAUGCGGGAUGAUAAAUCUUGGAAAGAAGCCACAAAUCUGCCACGUUUACGAGAACUUUACAAAGUUUCCAAAGAAGUGUCAAACUUCCCUAGCCUCGAAGCGCCUGUGACAAAAGUGCAAAAACUCAAUGAAGCAAACAACACCACAAGUAAUAAGUGUGAUUCAUUACCAGAUGUGUUCACAAAUGUGAAAGUUUAUAUCCCAAGGAAUAUUGAAAACUAUGAAAAAUUGACACGAUUUGUCAUAGCUUUUAAUGGUGAAAUUGUGCCUGAGUUUCAGAAGUCACUAGCCACUCAUAUUGUCAUAGUCAGUGGAAUUAAUGAAGAGGAUGCAGUUUCUUCUGACUCAGUGUCUUGUAGAAAAAAUAUAUUUUCUCUUCCUGAUGAAAUUUAUUUUAUUUCUACAUUACAAGAAAUGGAUGAAUGA